UCCGGCACCACCUCACCAGCUCAAACUCGUCACUUGACUAGCCACUUCCAUCACCAACAGCAGUCUACGUCGUCGUCACAGUAGCCUCUAGCUCGACCCCGAUGGAGUUGCCACCAUGGGCGUCCUUCCUCGGCGUCGUGCUCGCCACCGUGCUGUUUCUGAAGACCGUUCUCCGGCGUAGCCGCCGCGUGUACAACCUCCCGCCGGGCCCCAAGCCGUGGCCGAUCAUCGGCAACCUCGACCUCAUAGGCGCGCUCCCGCACCGCUCCAUCCACGAGCUGUCAAAGAAGUACGGCCCGCUCAUGUCCCUCCGGUUCGGGUCGUUCCCCGUCGUCGUCGGCUCGUCUGUGGAGAUGGCCAAGUUCUUCCUCAAGACCCACGACGUGGUGUUCACGGACCGGCCCAAGACCGCCGCCGGCAAGUACACCACCUACAACUACCGCGACAUCACCUGGUCCCCCUACGGCGCGUACUGGCGGCAGGCGCGCAAGAUGUGCCUCACUGAGCUCUUCAGCGCCAAGCGGCUCGAGUCGUACGAGUACAUCCGCAGCGAGGAGGUGCGCGCGCUGCUGCGCGACCUGCACGCGGCGUCCGGGUCCGGGCGCGCCGUGAUGCUCAAGGACUACCUGUCCACGGUGAGCCUGAACGUGAUCACGCGCAUGGUGCUCGGCAAGAAAUACCUGGACAAGGAGGUCGUGGCGCAGGGUGGCUCAACGGUGACCACGCCGGAGGAGUUCAAGUGGAUGCUCGACGAGCUGUUCCUGCUCAACGGCGUGCUCAACAUUGGCGACUCCAUCCCGUGGCUCGACUGGAUGGACAUGCAGGGGUACAUCAAGAGGAUGAAGAAGCUCAGCAAGAUGUUCGACCGGUUCCUGGAACACGUCUUGGAGGAGCACAGCCAGCGGAGGCUGCGCGAGGGGCGGAGCUUCGUGGCGAAGGACAUGGUCGACGUGCUGCUGCAGAUCGCCGACGAUCCCAACCUUGAGGUCGAGCUCGACAGGGAAAGCGUCAAGGCUUUCACUCAGGACCUCAUUGCCGGCGGCACGGAGAGCUCGGCAGUCACGGUGGAGUGGGCCGUCUCGGAGCUCCUCAAGAAGCCCGAGGUGAUCGCCAAGGCCACGGAGGAACUGGAUCGUGUCAUUGGCCGCGGCCGCUGGGUCACGGAGAAGGACAUCCCCCACCUCCCCUACGUUGACGCCAUCGUCAAGGAGACCAUGCGGCUCCACCCGGUGGCGCCCAUGCUAGUGCCCCGCCUCUCCCGCGAGGACACGUCCGUGGGCGGCUACGACAUCCCCGCUGGCACGCGCGUGCUCGUCAUGGUGUGGUCCAUCGGCCGCGAUCCCGCGCUGUGGGACGCGCCCGAGGAGUUCGCGCCGGAGCGGUUCCUCGGGAGCAAGAUCGACAUGAAGGGGCAGGACUACGAGCUGCUGCCGUUCGGGUCCGGCCGGCGGAUGUGCCCCGGGUACAGCCUCGGCCUGAAGGUCAUCCAGGUGAGCCUCGCCAACCUGCUACACGGGUUCUCGUGGAGGCUCCCCGACGAUGUGACCAAGGAGGAGCUGAGCAUGGAGGAGAUCUUCGGGCUGUCCACGCCGCGCAAGUUCCCGCUCGAGGCCGUCGUCGAGCCCAAGCUCCCGUCCCACCUCUACGCCGAGGCUUGAUGGUUGUGUCUGCUUCUUCAGUAUAGUUGCCUUCCUCGCGUUGCUGUCCAGUGUCCACAUGCUGGAAUACUGGUUUUGUUAGGUUUUUGUCCUAGUUUGCGUCGUUUGUUGCGAUGGCUCUACCUAUAGUGGAACGAUGGUGUAACUCAAUAAGAUGCUUGCUUACAUAUAUACAAAACAGAUAAAUACUCCUGCUUGUCGCAGAUCGAGUAUAUAUAUGAUUCCUAGUGUAACAAUGUACUACAUGUUAAACAAUGAGCUUGAUCGCAGCUUCAUGCUA